AUGCAGCUUCCCACACGGUUGCUUGGGACAUGUCUGUGGUUGCUAUGCAUUACUCACGUAUGGACAACGACCUUUAAGCUGGCUCUGAUUGGGCCGUGGUCAUGUGACCCCAUGUUCUCCCGGGCGAUGCCGUCAGCGGCGGCUAACCUGGCGUUGUUACGGUUACGGAGCGACAGUGGUCUUAGCAGAGGUUACUGGUAUGACGUCAAAUUGCUGGAGGAAGACUGCUCCGCCUCUAAAGCGCUCAUAGAACUCGGGGACAUGGAGGGUUAUGGCCACGCCUACAUUGGGCCCUUUAACCCCGCCCUGUGUCAUGCUGCCGCCUUAUUGGCUCAGCACUGGGAGGCAGGGCUUGCCUCUCCAGGCUGUCUGGAUGCUGACUGGCCAAACCUGCCGCCCAUCACUCAGCCCAGCAGAGUCUUGUUCACCGUGCUCAGGUUCUUCCGCUGGGCACACGUCGCUGUCAUCUCAGCUCCGUCGGACCUAUGGGAGAGCACUGGACAGGAAGUGGCUUCAGCGCUCAGAGCUCUGCUGUGACAUCAUCAGGAGGUUGAAAUGUUUCUGACUACAGAACAAGAUCAGAACUGAUGACACUCUUAUCAUUUAUGUCUGACAUGUUAAAAACUGAUAAACUCUGAGUUUCCUUUAAACCUUCCAGUGGUGAUAAUGUGCAUGAGCUCCGUCCUGAUUGGUGGAGAGGAUCAGAGACAGCUCCUAUUGGCUGCUCUGGACCUGGGGAUGGUUUCCGAUGGCUAUGUGUUUAUUCCAUACGACGCCCUGCUGUAUGCCAUGCCUUAUCAGGAAACAGUAUUCCCUCAGCUGACCAACAGCACGAAGCUUCGUCACGCCUACAGCGCUGUUCUGACCAUUACCAUGGCGUCCGAUCAGAAUUUCUACGAAGCUUUUCGCCAGGCUCAACUCAACCGAGAGAUCCGCUCUGCUGUGGCUGCUACUGAGGUGUCUCCUGUCUUUGGGACCAUCUUCAACAUGGUGUACUUCGUUGCUAAGGCGGUGGAGGAGCGUCGUCAGGCAGGGGGCGGGCACUGGGUGACAGGCGAACAGCUCGUCCAAUCAAAUGGAGGCUUUGAUUUCCAGGGUUUCAAUCAGGUGUUAUACGGAGGUAAAGAGGGGCGUGGCCUAGAGGCCAGGUAUGUGGUGUUGGACAGUGAUGGCGACCGACUUGUACCAACGCACUCGCUUGCUCCGACACACACCGAGGGGACAGUUGGAGGUCUGAGGCCGAUGGGUCGCUCUUUCUUCUUCCCUGGAGGAAAACCCCCCACCGCCAGCUUCUGUUGGUUCAGUCCAGAGGAGGCCUGCAGGGGAGGUUUGGACACAGUGACGAUGUUCUUUGUCUUCCUGUUGCUCUGUGCUGUGAUUGGAGCUUUCAUCUACCUGAUCAGGAAGUACAAGAGAACAGCGAACAUGACCAAACUCAUUUUGACUCUGGAUGACAUCGUCUUCAUUGACACUCAAGUCAGCAGGAAGAAACUGAAUGAUGAGUCGAUCAUGAGGAGUCUUCUGGAAAUCAAAACUCCGUUUCGCUCGAUCGCUCGAAGUUACAUCCUGACGACACCUGAGAGCUCCAACAUUGGAAUACUGGAGGGUGACUGGGUUUGGCUGAAGAAGAUUCCUGUUGAAAAGACAGUAACAGCUGUCAAUCAAAACACUCAGAGUUUGUUCAGUCAGUUGAGGGACAUGCGACAUGAGAACAUGAACCUGUACGUGGGUUUGUUUCUGGACUCAGGGAUCUUUGCUCUGGUGGUUGAACACUGUCCUCGAGGAAGUCUGGCUGACCUGCUGGCCGACAGUGACAUGAGGCUGGACUGGAUGUUCAAGUCGUCCUUGCUCAUGGACCUCAUCAAGGGGAUGAAGUAUCUUCAUCUACGAGGUUUGAGUCAUGGUCGACUAAAGUCCACAAACUGUUUAGUUGAUGGGCGCUUUGUCCUAAAAAUCACAGACUACGGACUUCCCAUGAUCCUUCACUCUCAGAACCUCAGCCUCCCAGAGGACCCACAAGAGCUGCUGUGGACAGCUCCAGAGCUCUUGAGAAAUCCAGUCCGAGGAGGUUCUUUUGCUGGAGACGUCUUCAGUUUCUCCAUCAUCAUACAGGAAGUGAUCUCACGAACCCUGCCGUAUGCCAUGAUGGACAUGCCUGCCCACGAAAUCGUGGAGCGUCUGAAGCAGCCUCCUCCUCUCUGUAGACCUCUGGUUUCAGUGGAUGAAGCUCCUGCUGAGUGUCUCAGUCUGAUGAAUGAAUGUUGGAAUGAAGAUCCGAGUAAGAGGCCGAGCUUUGAUGACAUUUUUAAACAGUUUCGUGGCAUUAACAGAGGAAAGAGAGCAAACAUCAUCGACUCCAUGUUGCGAAUGCUGGAGCAGUACAGUUCAAACCUGGAGGAUCUGAUCAGAGAACGAACAGACGAACUGGAGGUUGAGAGAAACAAGACAGAGAAGCUGGUCGGACAACUUCUGCCAAAGUCCGUGGCUCAGGCUCUGAAGAAAGGGAAGCCAGUCCAACCUGAACAUUAUUCAGACUGCACGCUUUACUUUAGUGACAUCGUUGGAUUUACAACCAUCUCAGCUCUCAGUGAACCCAUUGAGGUCGUCGACCUGCUGAAUGACCUCUACACCAUGUUUGAUGCCAUCAUUGCCACACAUGAUGUUUACAAGGUAGAAACGAUAGGUGAUGCCUACAUGGUGGCUUCAGGUAUUCCCAACAGAAAUGGGAAUCGACACGCAGGUGAAGUGGCCAACAUGUCUCUGGACAUCCUGCACUCGAUAGCAGCUUUUAAGAUCAGACAUAUGCCUGAGAUCAAAGUCAAAAUACGCAUCGGAUUGCACACAGGUGCGGUGGUAGCAGGUGUGGUCGGUCUUACCAUGCCCAGGUAUUGUCUGUUUGGAGACACAGUGACAACGGCCUCACACAUGGAAGCCACUGGACUGCCCUACAGGAUCCACAUCAGUCUGAGCACAGUGAAGGUCCUGACCAGUCUCAAGGCGGGAUACCAUAUAGACACCAGAAAGGCACAGGUGAAGGGAACGAUGGACACGUACUGGCUGAUGGGACGAGAUGGUUUCGAUAAACCUCUUCCUGUUCCUCCAGACCUGACUGGAGGGGCCAGUAAUCAUGGGAUCAGUCUGGAUGAGAUUCCAGUUGAAAGGAGACAGAAGUUUCUGGAUCGGCAGAAGAAGAUGAAGAAAUGAUGCUAAGAAACACACACACACACACACACACACACACACACACACACACACACUACCUCAGGACUGGAAUUUAUUUUAAAGGACAUUUAUUCAGCUGGUGAGAAAGUUUCAGCCAAAACAUGUGAAAUCUGAAUGAGGUUCUGAGCGGGCAGUGACAUCAGUUUGUGUUUGUAGCUGGAGGUCAGUCAGUUCUUAAUGGUCAACAUCCUUUCAUCCAGUGAAUAUUGAACCAGUACAUUUCUGUGCCUCACACGGGUCUACGACACGACUUACAGACAUGAUAGAACAAUACGUUCAUAAAGUGAUAAGUUUGUAUAAUGAAAAUGAUACCUUUAUAAAAUGAUAAUAAAAAAUAAAUAAAUAACUAACAAAGUAAUAAUACUGUCUUAAGGAGGUCAAUGUAAGUAAUGACAUUAAUGACCCUGUCAUCCAGCUGUGGAUACACAGAGUUCACAAAAAUGUUUUUAUGCUGUAGUCACAUGUCCUAGAGUACUGUGCAUGCAUGCAUGCUGGGAAAUACUCCUGACUCCCUUUGUGAGACUGUUAAAGGAUGGAUGGAUGGAUGGAUGGAUGAAUGAAUGAAUGAAUGAAUGAAUGAAUGAAUGAAUGAAUGAAUGAAUGUAUGUAUGUAUGUAUGUAUGUAUGUAUGUAUGUAUGUAUGUAUGAAUGAAUGAAUGUCAGUUUUUCAUCAGGAUCUGCCAUCAUAUUCUUUUGUGUUUUACCUUUUAUCAAACUGGAGCUGGAGAGUGAUUAGCUUGUUAUAAUAAAUAAUCAGUUUCCAGAUGUGUGGUUGGAACCAAAAGUACUUAUUUGU